AUGGAAGUCGAAAAACCCUCAACCCCCGUCGAGAUCGAGAAGGUCAAGAUGACGGAGAUUGAGCAUGAGCGUGCCGAGCUGCUGGCCAAUCUCCCCGAUCCGGACGCGGGCAAGGAUGACGAAGAGCGUCGCCAAAUAGACAAAAAGCUCAUGUGGAGGGUUGACAUGGCUCUGAUUCCUUGGCUUUCAUUUUUGUACCUUUUAUCCUUCUUGGAUCGAACAAACAUUGGUAAUGCUCGUCUGGCGGGCCUCGAGGACGACCUCGGGAUGGUCAAAGGAGACUACAACAACAACUUGACCGUUUUCUUUGUCGCUUACGCGGUCAUGGAGCCUGCCACCAAUGCCUUACUCAAGAUGAUCACACCUCGUCUAUUCUUCACCAUAAUUAUCGUUUCGUGGGGUAUCAUCAUGACUCUGAUGGGUCUGGUCACCAACAACUCAGGUCUCCUCGCUGCCCGUUUCUUCCUCGGGUUGGCUGAGGCCGGCUUGUUCCCUGGUGUGAACUACUAUCUUUCUUGCUGGUACAAGAGCUCCGAAAUUGGUAUCCGUUCCUCCAUCUUCUUUUCGGCGGCUGCACUAGCCGGAUCCUUUGGUGGUCUGCUCGCGGCCGCUAUUGAAAAGAUGGAUGGACUUGGUGGCAAGGACGGUUGGGCAUGGAUUUUCAUUCUCGAAGGUCUUGCCACUGUCAUCGCAGGUUGCUUCUGCUGGUGGCUUGUCUUUGAUUGGCCUGAGACAGCCCGGUUCCUCAGUGCAGAUGAUCGCAUUCGCGUUCAGCGACGUCUUAUCAUGGAUCGCCAGGGCCGCACUGCCGAAGACUCCGACAAGAGACAUAUGUGGGCCGCUAUGAGAGAUUGGAAGACAUAUGGAUAUAUGGUCAUCUAUAUGGGCUGCCUCACUCCGCUGUAUGCCUUCUCUCUUUUCCUUCCCACGAUCAUUGCUGGCAUGGGCCACCAAGGAACCAAAGCUCAGCUACUCUCUGUCCCUCCCUAUGCCGUUGCUGCCGCGUUGACUGUCUGCGUUGGCUUCUAUGCCGACCGCACUCGCCAGCGAGGCCUUUGCAAUAUCGCCACUGUUCUGCUUGGCAUUGUUGGCUUCGCCAUGCUGAUCGCCAGUUCCGACCCAACUGUGCAGUACGCUGCUGUGUUCCUCAGCGCAGCGGGCAUUUAUCCAACCAUCCCGAACACGCUCUCAUGGCUGAACAACAACACCGAAGGUUCCCUGAAGCGUGCUUUUGUCUUGGGCGUCGUCGUCGGCUGGGGAAAUCUGAAUGGUGUCGUGUCUUCAAACAUCUAUUUGGCGCAGCAGAAGCCUCACUACUACACUGGACAUGGUGUUCUUCUUGGCUUUUUGACUGUGUUUUUGCUUGGUGGCUCCAUAUGGAUGCAUCUUGGACUUCGCAAGAUGAACAAAGAUCGCAGGGCUGGCAAGCUAGAUGAACACUGGAGCACUCUGACAGAUGAUCAGAAGUGGAUCCAGGGUGAUCUUCGUCCCGACUUUAUGUACGUUCUAUAA